AGUGUAUUAGUUUAAUUAAUAUACGGUAAUGGAAAGGGAGUCAGAUAUUUGUACGUUUCAGUGCAAAAAGUGGACAUUGUUUUCAUUUUGUUUGUUGGGUAUUAUUAGUACCUUGAUAAUAGUGAUCUCACUAUCGGCGGUUAUAGGCGCUACCCAAAAUAAUGACAAAACUAUAUCCGACCAAGACUUUAAAAAUGCCAAGAAAGUAACGAUCGCGAUAAUCGCCACCAUAGGCUCCAUAUGUAUAUUAUUUGAAUUACUGGGCCUUUUGGGCGCCUAUAAGGAGCACUACUGUCUAACUAUGACUUACGC